GCCUCUCCUCAUCCAGCUGUUGUGUUCAGUUCCUGGUCAGCUGAUGUCUACGGAGGAAAGACAACGCAGGCUACAUCAGGAUGCCAUUCGCUCAUCAACGACCAUACAGACAUUAAACAUGUAUUUUUCAUCUUUUAUUGCCAUUUAGAAUACUAAUAAAACCGGGCUUCAGAUCCGUCUUUGUGAAGAAUCACUGCAAUCGGAGCAUCGAGACACGACAGUUAACGAAGCCCCCAGUUCCUUGCUUGUUUCCUUUGUUUUCUGGAAGCUUCCUGACAUCUGCUGGCCCCUGAAAGGCCUUUUCAACAGCAUUGCCAUUACAGGACGCUCAACUAGCGCCUGGCUCAGACUGAACUGGAAUCAAUGAGGGAGCCAGAUCGGGAGGAGCAGCUUGAUGAAAACAUGCCCCCUAAAUUUAAACGACAUUUGAAUGACGAUGAAGUCACAGGAUCGAUUCGUAGUGAGAGGAGGAACCUGCUUGAGGAGGACUCUGAUGAGGAGGAAGACUUCUUUUUGAGAGGGCCAAGUGCUCCCAGAUUCGGGGCUCCUAAUGAAAAGCUUAAACAGGUGCAGUCUCAAGUUGAUGAAGUUAUUGAUGUGAUGCAAGAGAACAUCUCCAAGGUGAUCGAGAGGGGGGAGCGACUGGACGACCUGCAGGACAAAUCAGAGAGCCUUUCAGACAAUGCAUCUGCCUUCAGUAGCCGAGCCAAACAGCUGCACCGGAGGAUGUGGUGGAGAGACACAAAGAUGAAAAUUAUUAUUGCCUUGGUAGUGAUUGGUCUGCUGUUAAUUAUCAUUGUUCCAGUGAUCCUGCGAUAUCGCUAGUGUUUUAUGCUAGAGGGCACCAGCGAGCCUGCCUCCUGCCUGUGUCUCCUAAAAAGGGAUUACCUGAAACUUGUCUUAAUACUGAUCUUACUUGUGACACUUUGGGAGGAAAGCUCUGUGGGAUCAGUACUAAGGUAUGGUUUAGUUUAUAUUCAGCUGCAGACAGGAUGAGCGGGACAAAAGGGAGAUUGAGGAGAUAGAACACACCUCUGGUUAUAAUGAGGGAGGAUUUCAUUUCAUGAUACAGAUCGCGUGCAGAGACAUGAAUGCUUUGAUGAAACUAAAAUCUCAUAAGUCUGACAUUAUACAACAAACCACAGUUUAGACACACUGGGUUGAAGAGUAAAUGAAAGCAGAUUUAACAUUUCACAAAAACAAUAGUUUCUAUUCAUUAGAUCAUAAUGCAUUUAUUGAAGAAUUUGUUGCAACAUGCUUAAAAAAAAAACAAAGAAAGCAAAAUGAUCCAAAUCUAUAUUUAGCUAUAUAGUAUGUAUCAAAGAGCCAAUAACAAUACCAAGUAUAAAGGAAGAUUUUAUUUUUUUUUUCCCAAAAUAAACAAGUUCUAGGUUUAGAUGUUAUGAGAUGAAAUAUGUUAUGAGAUUUGGAAAUCAUAACAUUCUGUUUUUACUCACAUUUUACAAAUUGUCCAACUGUUUUAGUCAAAACUACAACCAGUGGUUUAAACACUGUCCAUUUGUCUCACUGCAGCCUCCUCAUACUGUGAAAGGGAAUUUUGUCAACAAGUACUAUAGACAUUUUCCAGCACCCAAAUGUGUGUUUUGUUGUAAGAUAAAUUUUUGAAUCAAGGCAAGGAAACACCAGACUAGUAGUAUAGAUUUAUGUAAGUUAUUAUUAUCUUAAAAAUGAAUUGUAAUACAAAAUUCCUGGGCUUUGAAUGUCUUUGAAUGUCUUCUAUUUUAAUUUUUUUUUUUACUUUUUGAACUUCUCACCUUCCUGCUGUCUGGCCCAGUUUGGUCACGGUUCUCUUACAUCCAUGGAGUCCCCACGAAGUUACAUUACACUGUCUUCAUGCUGCAUAUGGUUAUGUUUGGGCAACUCAGAAGCCUAUAUUUUCCUGUUUAGUUUGCUGCUAUGCUUUGUGUGGUUGUAAGGCCCAGGACGUUUGCUAUAGAAAAGGCUGAACUGUCUCUAUCUGUAUUAAGUUGUAUGAUACAUGAAGCAAUCUUAUUUUAUUCUUUUAAUUUAUUUUAUCUGUAAAUAUUGAUUCUGUAUUAUACUCUGGCAUUGCAUUGGAAGACCUAAUAUUGAACUUAACUUUUUUUUUUUGCUCUGAAUUAAAGUGAUUUUAAAGGG